AAUAAAAUAAUUAUAAGGUAAGAAUUAUAAUAAUAACAUUCAGAAUAUUUUGUUCAAUGGAGGCUUAUGAAUAAUUUUAGUCAUCUGUUUCGGGGCGAUAAACUCAUUCAAAUCAAUCAAAUGUCUACGUGACAUUCUUUCAUUCACGGUAGCCUAGCACGGAAACGCCAAAUUGCUAAGGGUGGGUUUUUCCAAAAUUUAGUUAACCUCUGGUUUCGUAACUUUUAGUUAACUUUAACUCCAAGUUAACUAGCAGUUAAUUUUGAAUGCGUUUUUCCAACAAAUUUGUAAAUUUGGUUAGAAAACUAACAGUUAACUAUGAUUUAUAUUUGGUAUCUAUGGCAACGUUUCACAAAUCUGUUGUUUAUUCUGAUAAAUGUCAUUCAAAUUCUUCUGGUGUGAUUAUUUUGUACAAAAAUGAGUAACACAGAGAAAACAAAGCGGUGUUCUAACUUUACGAAAGAAGAGGAAAGGAUUUUGACCCAAUUGGUUCAUAAAAACAGAAAUAUAAUUGAAUGCAAAAAAAGCGGCCAGGUAACAUGGGAACAGAAGACAAACACCUGGCGUACCAUUGCAGACGAAUUCAAUUCUACUGUUGGGGGGGAAUUUAAAGGGGUUCAAAUUUUAAAAUGUAAGUACGCCAAUUUAAAAAAAAGUUGCAAACGAAAGUUUGCAACGAACAAGGCCACGAUUGUUAAAACUGGUGGAGGUAGUGGAAAUUUAACAGAAAUUGACGAUGUGGAUUCUACAAUCCACGAUAUUCUAGGAGCACAGAUUGAUGGUCUGCCAAGCGCUUUCGACAGUGAUGCAGACUUUGCAAAUUCUUUACCAGGAGGAAGUGGCCUCGCUGUGCCCAGCACCCACGAAAAAGAGUUACCGCAAAACAUACAAGUUAUUGGUGACAAAUACAAUUUGACUGAAUCUGAAGAUGAAAUAGAAGCUGUAAAUCAACAAAAUAAUUUAGACACAAUUAAUGUACUGGAUAAUUCUACUGAGAACUGGAAUGGAUACAGCUCCAAAAUGUUAAAAAAUCCACCACAUAAAAAACUUCAGACUUUAAGACAAAAUAACAAAAAAUCGUUGGCCUUCAAAAAAAAUACAAAUGAAAAACUAUUGGAAGCCAAAUUAGAAUUCAUAAGGAUACAAAAAGAAUGUUUUGAAGAGGAACAUAAAUUGAAAAUGGAAAUUCUUCAAAAAAAAAAGUUACUGCUUGAUAAAAAAUUACGUAACGCAGAAAUAAAAAAUUAGUUUGUUUUGCGU